AUGCAAGCCACGUCCCGCAGACUCAUCAAAUUCGUCGGCAGUGUCACCCUUGAGAAACUCGACUCCAAGACUCUCCCAGUAGUCAAAGGAUUCUGCGAAAAAAAUCCAAACAUCACAAAUGCAGAGAUCAAGGGAAGCAAGUGGCACAAGUCCGACGACGACCCAAACGAUAGCGAACUGGUCAUCUCCAUCCGCUUCAAAGAUGAGAAUAUCAAGAAGAUUGCCACUAGCCAUGUGCACCAGGAUGGCACUGGGAGGAUCUCGUAG